UCAUCAAAGCCGAGCAGCGACACCUUGCACUUUAUCACCCUAACAGCUCUUCAGGUCCUCUGAGAUCUACGACCACCGGUUAACGAAAUAGAUCACAUUCAUUGGGUAUCUCGUGGCCUUCUGAUUUCACUUAUUCGCCGGUAAAAACCGCAUACGCAUCUCGAACUCGCUGGACGAUCUCUCACGAACAAAGGCCUCCCUCGAACGGUCAUAAAAGGCUCAAGGAUGAAGAGAUUUAGGAAUGCUUUGCUGGGAUCGCUACUCCUGCUAGCUGGAGCAGUGAGAGCUAAGGAGGACGAAGAGGUAGAUGAUGGCGAGCGGCUCAUAGCGAUGCGCACUCACGUACUGUACCCUCCAUAUGUCGAUCAAGAGCUGCAGAACCGAUGGUGGGAUUUCGGGGCCGAUGCCAUCAUUAACACCAACAAGCACGUCCGUCUAACACAGGACAGGCGAUCAGAGAUGGGGUGGUUAUGGUCUCGGCUCCCAAUCAAGGCAGAGAAUUAUGAGAUCGAGGUCGAGUUCAACGUGAACGGAAAGGGGCAUUCCUUGUUUGGGGACGGCUUUGCUAUGUGGUUGACAACAGAUAGAGCGAAGCCCGGUCCAGUGUUUGGCAGCAUCGACAACUUCAAUGGCCUUGGACUGUUCUUUGACACCUACCCAAACUCACGGCACACCUACUCUUUCCCUCGAGCGACGGCCAUGUUGGGCGAUGGCAAGACACCCUAUGAUCAUGAUCAUGACAACCAGGCAAAUGAACUUGCCGCAUGUUCUAUGGACUUCCGUCGACGAGAUACUCGAACGAUGCUCAAGCUCCGGUACAUCAAGAACAAGUCCCUGAGCCUGCAGCUCCAGGUCGAGAAAGAGGGCAGGUGGGACGACUGUUUCGAGGCUCAGAACGUGGAACUGCCGGCUGGAGACAUCUACCUCGGUUUCUCGGCUCUGACCGGAGAUGUCAGCGAUGCCCAUGACAUCAUCUCGGUGUCUACCAAUUCGAUCGUAUUCAACAGCACUCUGCCCGUCGGCGCCGAGAGCCAACUCUACAAAUCGAAAAAGAGCAGAAAGAGCUCGAGCACCGGUUUGAGCAUGUUCUUGUUCCUGCUCAAGGCGAUUGGUGUGCUUGCGUUCUGCGCUUUCGCCUUCUCGGCUUACCGGACUUAUAACGCUCAAAAACGGGGCAAGAGGUUCUAGGGGUGGAUCUUUUGUAACCUGGCACCACGAGGUAGCAUUUCGGGAUGUCGUAAAUCGCAUGAAUGAUGGUCCCUGCUGAGACGAGGUACCAAGCCCCAUAAACUCGUUCGUUUCUUUCGUGAAAAGC